AUAACAUAUCCCUAAAAAUACCUCAAACCCUUCCUUCUGCCAACUCUCUUCUUCAUUUUCUCCAAAACCUUUCCCCUUAUAAAUAAGUGCUCAAGACACCCUUUUAGUUUCUCAAAAAAGUUAUAUAUAAUAUAUAUGGAGUUCAUCAUCAACAAGUCUAGCUUCACUCUCAUCUUUAUUCUCUUCCUCUUUGCCACUCUUCCUUAUUUCUCAACAGGGGCUAUUGUGGUGGAUAGUCAUGAGAUUUAUGAGAUUGAUUAUAGAGGACCUGAGACCCACUCAUCAAUUCCUCCGCCUGAUCACUCAAAUGGAAAACCUAGAGUUCACAGGCAAAGCUCAUGGGGACAUCCCAAUAACCCUAAAUCUAAGACCACUUACUUGGGAAGAAAGAAGAUGAAUGCGACUUUAAUGCACCCAUUGAAGAACGACUCGAAGUGCCAAAUCCAGAAUUUGAGAUGGUGGGUAAUGACGAUGCUCGAUUUCAAGAAUUUCUAGGUCGACAUAGAAAAAUCAAAGACAAGGAUGCUCACAUUCCACGUCGAAAUGCAUUAAUUGAACACUUGUGGGACGAAUAUAGUAUCGAAAAAUUAGUUUAAUUUAAUUAAUAUUUCAAGGGUGUGUUAUGUUUUAGAGUUAAUUGAAUGUAUUUUAUUU